AUGGAAGCAGUGGACGGAGAGAAGACCGCUCGCCCUCACCACCACACCACACCAUCAUCAUCACCAUUUCUAUUCACAUCUCUUUAUUUAACCCCAAUUUCCAUCUUCCAAUCUCGCAAUUUGAAUCAAACAAACGUAAUCGUCGUCAAAAUGUCGUGGCAAACUUACGUUGAUGACCAUUUGAUGUGUGACAUCGAUGGCAGUGGCCAGCAUCUCAGCUCCGCCGCCAUUACCGGACUCGACGGCACCGUUUGGGCCCAGAGCGCCAAGUUCCCUCAGUUUAAACCCGAGGAGAUGAAAGCCAUCUGUAAUGAAUUCGAUAAUGCAGGCACCCUUGCUCCUACAGGUCUAUUCCUGGGUGGUGCAAAGUACAUGGUACUCCAAGGAGAGGCUGGAGCUGUCAUCCGUGGAAAGAAGGGAGCGGGUGGAAUAUGCAUCAAGAAGACUGGUCAAGCCAUGGUGUUUGGGCUGUAUGAUGAGCCUGUGAAUCCCGGUCAAUGCAACAUGGUUGUGGAGAGGUUGGGGGAUUAUCUCGUUGACCAGGGCAUGUAAACAAACCUCCUUCACCUCCUCUUCGUUAUUCAAUAAUUAUAUGGCGUGAACACUUUUCUUUCGGUUUCCUUGAAAGAAUGUGAAUUAGUUUUGAAUUUUUGAUCUCCAAUUCCUUGUUAUAAAACAAAUUAUAUGUGUAUUUCAUUGUAUCACACUCUCAAUAAGUUUGAUG